ACACAGAAAACACAAAUUACAUAAUCACAGAGAGAAACACUAAGAAUCUCUCUCUCUCUCUCUAAGUUCAUCUAUGUACACUUCCAACCCCUAUUAUUUCUAUCCUACUUUCUCACUACAACCAAACCAUGCAAAUCACACACCAUGAGGUUAAUUACACUUUUAUCCCUCCAACCUUUCUUAAUUCACAUGUCACUACCCCUCUAUCCAAUUCAGCAACAACAAAAACACCUUCAUCAUCUUUAACUUGUUCUUGUCGUGUUCAUUAUGGCUGGAAUCGAAGCUGUGUUUGAAUUUCUUCGUAAAAAUGGAUUAUCAGAAGCAGAGUCUGCUCUCAGACAAGACAUCAUUGAGAAGACUGAUCUUGCUUCCUUUGACUAUGAGAAAUUCUUCUUUCCUAUGGUUCCUCCGCCUCCUCCGGUUAAAAUCCGGUCCUUUUCACGGCCACCGGAGUUUCCCGCCGGCGAUGGAGAAUUCUUUAAAUCAAGCUCUGUUUCGUCGGAGGAACAGUUUGUUAGCAUCGGUUCAUCAAAUUCUCGUGUUUCUUCUUUAGAAUUCAUCAAUCCAUACGGAAUCCGUUCCUCAUCUCAGACUCAGAAUGAUUCUGAAUCUUCUUCAUCUGAUAGAUUAUCUCAAUUUGGCACGGCACGCGACUAUCACGAAUUCGAUAUGCAACAUGAACCAUAUUGGUAUAACCAUGAAAAAGAUGAAGAAGAUGAUGAUUUUAUGACACCUAGUUUUGAAGGGACAGAUUAUUUUGGGUGUCAAAGUGAAGAUAAGUUUGUUAUGACAUCAAAAACAGAAAUUCAAUUAGAGAGAAAUUGUGGUUACUUGGACAUGUCAUGUGUUUGUAAUAAUUCCUCUGUAGAGGAUGGAAAUGUGACUUAUUCAAAUUUGGAAAGCAAAGAUCAAUUCCAUGGAAAACACGCGUUUGCACAUAAUUGUGAAGUUCCAUUUUGCAAAAGUAGUCCAGUUUCAGGAGGUUCUUGUAGUGGUGAUCCUAUAAACUUUAGCUACCCUGAUUUGAAGGAAAUUGAUCUGAAUGAUUUUCAUCUGGAAGAUAUCAAUUCUUUUGAUUCUGCUGCGUUGCUUACCGUGAAGCAAAGUAUUGAUUGCUACACUAAAAAUGAUAUUGGUGAGAAGUACAAGGAUCCCUAUGACUUAACUAUGAACGUUGAUGAAACAGAUCUAGCGAAUGGGAUUGAUGCCUAUGGAGUAAUAGACGAUCGAGAGUUGAAUGAAGAAUUCCGAGAUCCAGAGGUUACUGCAGAUGGAGAGGAUAUUAAUACUGAUGAUGAGCUCUUAAAAUACAUUCAAGAGGAGGAGUAUGAAGUAUUUGAACUGAGAAUUGUACAUAGAAAGAACAGGACUGGAUUUGAAGAAAACAAGGAAGUGCCAAUUGUGCUAAACACAGUCAUGGCUGGUAGAUACUAUGUGACAGAAUAUCUUGGUUCGGCUGCCUUCAGUAGGGUUGUUCAAGCCCAUGAUCUUCAUACAGGAAUGGAUGUUUGUUUGAAGAUUAUUAAAAAUGACAAGGACUUUUUUGAUCAAAGCUUAGAUGAAAUCAAGCUUUUGAAAUUUGUCAAUAGGCAUGAUCCGGGAGAUAAACACCACAUACUGCGUCUUUAUGACUAUUUCUACCAUCAGGAGCAUUUAUUCAUUGUGACCGAGCUUCUGCGAGCAAACUUAUAUGAAUUUCAGAAAUUCAACCAAGAAUCUGGAGGGGAAGCAUAUUUUACAUUAAAUAGAUUGCAGCUCAUUACUCGGCAAUGUUUGGAGGCAUUGCAAUACUUGCAUAACUUGGGAAUUGUUCAUUGCGACCUGAAGCCAGAAAACAUUCUAAUCAAAAGUUACAAAAAAUGUGAGAUAAAGAUUAUUGAUCUUGGAAGCAGUUGCUUUCAAACAGACAAUUUGUGCCUAUAUGUACAAUCUCGAUCUUAUAGAGCUCCUGAAGUGAUGUUAGGCCUUCAAUAUGAUGAAAAGAUUGACAUAUGGUCACUCGGCUGUAUUCUGGCUGAGCUAUGCUCUGGCGAAGUGCUCUUUCCAAAUGAUGCGGUCGUGAUGAUUCUCGCACGUAUGAUUGGAAUGUUUGGUCCUAUUGAUAUGGAGAUGUUGGUGAAAGGGCAAGAAACACACAAGUACUUCACCAAAGAAUAUGAUAUUUACUUCGUAAAUGAGGAGACUGAUCAGCUGGAGUACAUAAUUCCAGAAGAGUCGUCAUUGGAGCAGCACCUACAGAUCAGCAAUACUAUGUUUAUUGAUUUUGUCAGAUACUUGCUUAGAAUCAACCCCAAAAGAAGGCCUACUGCAAGACAGGCACUAAAACAUCCAUGGCUUUCCUAUGUUUACUAGUCCAUGUAACAUUCUUUCUCUGGUGGGAAGGUUCAGUAACUCUGUUGGUUGGAGUUGUCUAUAUCAGUCUCUUGAGCUUGUUUUUCAGCAUACUGCAAAUCUUGCAAUCACAAUUUUGGUUUGUUUAUAAGAAACAAGUAAAAUCAUUGUCUCUUGUUGUACAUUUUUUUUUUGUUCCAUUCUAAUUGAUAGUUUGUUCUUUGUACAGAAUUCUGCAGUCUGCACAUUAUUUUUUGCCUUUCAUGAAUUGGAAGGAUUGAGCAUUACCACACAAUAACAUUUCGAUACCUUUUACAUUCAUUCUAACAUAAGUCACAUAGUACAGUAUUAUCUUGAAUUCAUUGCAUUUCAGUGAACUAAAUUUGAAUACAUUGUGAAAGCUAUGUUUGGAACUUAAAAGGUUGUACAAUAAUGAUUUUUCUUGAUAUUA